AUGGGUAUUGCCCUCUAUUCUGAUGAAGAAAGAGAUGUUGAACCACGCUGCACUGACUGGCUGAUUGCAUGUGGAGACACUCACUAUGCUGUAAACCGUUCCUCUUUCAAAACAUACCAUGAUCUCAGCAAUGCGGGGCUCGACUCGAAGGAAAUCAAAGGCGUUGGAACCGUUGAAUUGCAAGUCCAGCGUUCUAACGAUAGCCCCGAAAUCCAUACUCUCGUCUUGGAAAACGUGGCACACAUUCCUGGGGCUAUCUGCAAUGCGUUCUGUUACCUUCGUAACACCCAUCGUGCAAUCUGGGACAUAAUGACAAAGGGUUUCGAAGCUGGAGGAGUGCCGAGCUGGUAUGGGGAGAGAGUUGGCAAGUUUGAUGUCUUAGUCCUAGCAGGAAAUGCCCAGGGGAAGUCCGAAUUCCGAAAGCGAGUGAACGAAGGGGAUCCAUAUUUUACACUGAGCCUUUAUGUUUCCAGAGAUGAUAGGCAAAAACUAGGUUUAACAAAGCGGAGCAGCGGGAUUUGA